AUGACAACCACAGCAACAAUAACGCAGACUGCAGAGAAUCCUUGGGGGCAAUUCUCAGAAAGACAGGCCAAGGAAUAUGCAAAAAACCGUCGCUCAUACUCACAGAAGCUGUAUGAUGCCGUGCUGGAAUUUCAUAAGACAUCAGGGGGUGGAUUCGAGUCACUUGUCGACCUAGGAUGCGGGCCCGGAGUCGCGGUCCGGGACUUGGGACGGCGCUUUACCACUGCGGUGGGGUUGGACCCCUCACAGGGUAUGAUCGAUAUUGCUCGGACCCUGGGUGGAUCUUCGGCUUCCGGCCACAUCGUGUUCGAGCAGGGUUCAGCUGAACAACUGGAGCCCCUGUCGUUGAAGAAGGCAGGGAUCCCCGGCGGUUGUGUUGAUUUGGUGAUCGCUGCUAAUUCGGCGCACUACUUUGAGCCAAAACAAUUCUGGGCGGGAGCGGCACGUGUCCUGAAACCGGGCGGAAGUGUUGCAAUGUGGUUCAGCAGGCCUGUAGGAAUGCAUCAAUCUGUCCCAAACGCAAGGGCAAUCGAAGAAGUCCUCACCUCCCUACAGGAGACUGAAAUGGAACAGUUCGAGAAGAUACCUUUACAGAAGUCCGACACCGGUAACAGCACAACGCAACCAGAUGAUGGUGACGACCCUUCUUCCAAGUACUGCGGGCUUUUGAUGCCAUGGGACAAACAGGUGCGGAACCCAAAUUUUGAUGAGACCCUCUUCUUUCACAGGGGGUGGUCUGGACGGGGAACGGAGUGCGAUGAAGAUGAAUUCUUCGCAAGCCAACCUAGGUUUGACCUCGAUACCAUGGAAAGAAUCAUGAGCACCACGGCGGGCCCAUAUUUAAAGUGGAAGGAGGCACACCCAAGUCUUGUGGGGACAGAAGAUGACUUGUUGAAACGAAGCCGCAGGGAGAUAGAGCGUCUCCAGCGCCAGGUAGGAGUGAAGGCGGGUGAAGAGUGGGUGAAAAGCAGUGUCAUGGGUGCUUUGGUAAUCGUCAAAAAGAAGACUGGGUGUGAUGUCAAAUAG